ACAGACUUACUUCCGGUAACAGUAGACAACACGCAAAACAUAAACAAAGAGAAAGUCAGCUGAGUCUAGCUGUGUGUAAACAUUAAACAACACAGCUGAUUGCCUAUAGAUGGCUGCUGGAUUAAACAUUGCUGGUCUACAGUUGGACACAGCACCUCUAGCACAACAUGACAGUGAGCAGGUGUCAUUCAACUCCAGAAGUCAGAUGUCUGUAUCUAUUCCCACCUCCCCAACUGCCCUCUCCCUGGCUAGUCCAGAGGGAAUUGACUGCUAUGGUAAUGAGAGACAGGUUCUUAGUGACCAGGCAAAAUUCUACAACAAUUCUACUCUAAGUGAUGUGACACUAGUGGUGGGAGGCAACAAAUUCUACGCACACAAGCUCAUUCUGGUUCGUUCAAGUGACGUGUUUGAGCGCAUGCUGAGUGAAGAGUGGAGUGAUGGUAGCAAAAAGGAUCUUACUUUGACAGAGGACAGUAUGUGUGUCAAUGUCUUUCCAAGAUUUCUGCAAUUCCUAUACAGUUGUCAUAUCAAACUAAACAUGGACAACACAUUACCAGUAUUGAUUCUAGCAGAUAAAUACAAUGUCACAGACCUACGCAAUGUCUGUAUCUCAUUUGCAUGCUCGUUUAUCAUCCCAAAAUUACAGCUGAAAGAGGUGUUUCAUGUUUGGUUUCAAUAUGCCACAAAGUGCAACAACACUCGACUGACCAAUUCCUGCAUCAGAGCUAUGGCUGAAAAGAUGGAUGAUAUCAUUGGAUCAGUGGAAUGGGAAGAUGAGUGGGUUAAUAUGGACAAUCAGCAGCUCAUUGAGUUUCUCAAGUGCUCAGAUUUAUGUAUCAAAGAUGAAUUCCAGCUAUGGAAUGCCAUGUUAAAGUGGUUACUGUGUCCACAAUUCCCAGCUAGAGCAGGAGAGAAGAUUCAAGAGCUGGCUGAAAUUGUGGAGCACAUUCGUUUUCCUAUGAUGACAGCUGAGCAGCUCUGUGCUGUAGAAUCUAGUGAAGUGGCACAGAAGUAUAAAGAUAUCUUCCAGAGGCAUUUUCUUCAGGCUUAUAAGUAUCAUGCACUACCCUUGACUAGUAGGGCUACUGUUAAAGAAUUCAGUGGUCCAUGCUUCUUACUGAGGAACUACACAGAUCUCAGAUGGGACAAACGGUUUGUGAUUCAACCAUUUUCUGCCUGUCCUAAGUGUUCAGAAGUAAGCUUCAGGUUUUCAACGAGGGCUUCAACUUUUCCUCAGCAGACUUGGGAUUGGGAUCUAAAAUGUCACCCAAAAGGAUUCUCAUCGACAUCGGAGGAGUUCAGAUGUAUACUGUAUUCUAAUCUUAUUUUGGAUCAGCCUCGUCCGAUUGAGUAUCUACUGUCUGUAGUAGGGAAGGAAGAAAUUCUUCACUCUGUCAGUGGACGUAAAAAUUUCUCCAAGACAAGAUACACCGCUGACACUGAGAUGGAUAAAAAAGUAUCUGUUGCGGAACUCUGCCAACCAAAUUCCCCUCUACUUUUGGAUGACUCUUUGAUCCUGCAAAUAACACUUAAACCAGUAGAAUAACAAUUUAAUACAUCUAUUUGGGGAUCUGCAAUCUGUGUUAUAGAUUCGUAAAUUGUGCCAGAGCAUUAAGAUUUAGGAUGCACAGCUAUAUAUUGUAAUGUACUGUAAAGUAUAAUGUAGUUAGAACAGAUGUCUCAGUAGUUAACUUAUUGCAAAUUUUCUGUCAUUCACAAAGCACUGUUUUAAUUCAAAGUAGUCUGUUUAUUUAGAUAAACUCAGCUUUAAUUUCAUUUAUUAGAUGAACAUAUGUUAUUUCAAAUGAAAACAUGCUAAAUGAUAAGUGUUUAUUAAAAUACUGACCGAUUCUCAGCUUAUGUUGAGUUGAAGACUUCAGAUAUAACAAGUGUUAGUUAAAAUGAUUGAGAUACAUUAAACUGAUAUCCCAGAAUCUUGUUAUACCCAAGUCCACAAUAGCAGAAUUUUUAUUUAAAUGAUGUUGGAUCAUUGACAAGCUACUAUUUUUUUUGUAAUUUGUUGUUUCAUUUUGCUUAUAAUCAAAAUGGACCAAAACACUAAAAAUCAUAUUGAACAGUGGCGUAUUUAGGAGAACAUUCCAUUUAGGUUGUUAAUUGUUUCAGAAAUAAUGUUAUAUACUAGCUGGUAUGCGUAUAAUCAGAUAAAUGCAGACAAUUAUGGGCAUGUCUCAUGCAGAAUUUUUUUUAUAUAUAUCCAUAAUUUAUAUUUGUUACAUGUUUGUUGUAGAUGAUUUGCAUGUUUAAUGUCAAUCAAAUUGAAACAUUUAAUGUUUUCAGUGUUCACUGAUAGAGCUUAUUAAACUCAAUAACAUGCAUGUAGAAGUUCAAAUAAAUUUAGAACAAUA